GUAUCUCAUAAUCGGGGACUUUCCUCUAUAUUAUUUCAAGAGGAAAGAUAAUGUUUCUCGAUUGAGCCAUCGUGACUGUGAACUCUAGAGUUUUAUUAUCCUAUUUAUUUGUACGAAAUAAAUAAGUUUUUACAACCGUUAAUUAUAGUAGUAUAAAUACUACUGAUUCGCCCAAGUACCAGAUGAAUUUCGUGCGACCGUUAAACACCUGUUCCGAUUAUACACCUCCUGUGGAGCGCGCCGAAAACUUUCCUGUUAAAUGCACGUAAUGCACGCAUUAACGAAUACCGAUACAUGCUCGUAAAAUUCAGCUUCCUCACGAGUUCUGAGUAAACCGGUCGUUUAACGCGAAUCAUCUCCUCGCACAAGUGCACAAGUGUGCAUUUCGUGUCGCGCGGAGUCGAGUCUCGGCGAUUUUCCAAAAUUAUAUUAUUUAAUAAUUUUUUAUGUUCACAACAUCCGCGCUUAUCUGUGUUUUCUCUUGUUAUUGCAUUUUUCGGUGUCCAACGUACGUGCAAUCGAUUUACCGAUUUAUCCGAACACGCUGAAUCCAUGAAGAGAUAAGAGAAACUUAGAGAGUUAACUAUCUCUAGCCAACAGCCUUCGACUGAUGUUCGGAUAAUAUUCUCCAUUUCAACACCAGUCAUGAUCGAUGACAAUUCGACGAUUCACCUGGUCACGAGAAUUUGAAAUUAAAGAAAGCGAGGUGCGUUCGUGGGCGGCCGUGCACGUACGCGCACAAGGACAGGAUCGAAUCGCUUUUAUGGACCGCGGCGAUAUUCGCAGAGCAUUAUAUCGUGCAUAUCUAUUAUAAUAAUCUCUUUUUAAGUACUCGCUAAAAUCGAUGCCGCGUUUCUUGCGAAAAGUUGCGUGGCAUCGUACAAAACGCCGUCGAAAGCUGUUAUUAAUAACCGUAGGGAAGCGACCUGUGGCGUGGUCUAUUCAUGGUCAUGUUUAUGGUCCUCUAUUUUAAGGUAUAUCAUACCUUAAAGCGAUACCGCUCGUUUAAGCGAAUUUUUUGCGCACGCGACCAGCGCGAGAUGCUCGCGACGCGCAGCGGGAUCGACAACGGCGGACAAAGAUCGGUCGCGUCCCGAAGAUCGCGGCGACAAAACGGCUACGUUAUUACGUUGUCGCGUACAAUGGGGCACCAGACAGAGAUGCAUUCCGUGAUACCCGUGAAAUAUCCCGCGGCGUAUUUCUCACGCUGGCGCGUCGUCGCGUCCAUCCCGCUGCGCGUCGCGCGUACGCAAAAUCGGCAACGGCCGACCGAAGGAAUCGCAUUACAACGAAAGUACGGGGACAAAUUUGAGCGAUGUGCACUGCGGGUCCCCGAGGGGAGAGUAUUGAGGAGGAGAGGAGAGCACCGAGAGAAAGAGGGAGAGAGAUUUGCAAUAGCUCCGUCGCAUCUCAUAGGCGAUGGGUCGAGGCACCGAGUGGGGUCUCAAGCUGGCCCGUAUAAAAGGGGGCGUCAAGACAUCCGCGGAGCAUCAGUCCUCAAAUCAAGGAACAGCAACAACCAUGAGGGCAUUCGUGAUCCUGGCGCUCGCCGCGACGGCGAUGGCGCGGCCAGAAGCCGGAUACUCCUACAGCCAACCAAGCAGCAGCUAUGGUGCUCCUUCCUUUGGUGGCGGUGGCGGCGGCGGCGGCGGUAUCAGCAACGUUGGUUUUGCUAGUGGCGGCGGUAUCAGCAACGUCGGUUUUGCUGCUACCGGCGGCGGCGGCGGUUUCGGUGGUGGAAUCGGCGGCGGCGGCGGCGGUUUCGGUGGUGGAAUCGGCGGCGGCGGCGGCGGCGGUUUCGGUGGUGGAUACAUUGGCGGUGGCGGCGGUUCGCUCAUCCAGAAGCACAUCUACGUGCAUGUACCGCCCCCGGAAGCUCCUGAGGAGAGACCGAUCAGGCCGCUCCUGCCAUCGGCUCCAGCCCAGAAGCACUACAAGAUCAUCUUCAUCAAGGCACCGACCCCGCCAACCCCGACCGCUCCAGUAAUUCCGGCGCUGCCGCAACAGGACGAGCAGAAGACGCUCAUCUACGUCCUGGUGAAGAAACCUGAAGAGGCACCCGAGAUCAGCCUGCCGACCAUCACGCCCACUCAGCCCAGCAAGCCCGAGGUCUACUUCAUCAAAUACAAGACGCAGAAGGAAGUCACCGGUGGUGGUGGCUAUGCUGGUGGCGGCGGUGGCAUCGGCGGUGGCCACGGCGGUGGAAUCGGCGGUGGAAUCGGCGACAUCGGCCAUGGUGGAAUUGGCGGUACCGGCAUCGGUGGCACUGGACCCAGCGGACCCAGCACGAGUUACGGGGCACCCGGCGCAUCCGGACCAUACUAGUCAAUUCACCGCUACUCCGUCCGCGGCCCCUCCGUCCCGCUCCUCCAACGAUCACCGACACACACGCACACACCGCUCACAUACCUCCGACACGAUCGGCGACGACGGCGCUUGUCGCGUCGACGUAUCGCCAUGCCUCACGCGCGAUCGCCGUAACGAAACGAGGAUGACACCGAUGAAAACGGCGAUAUUGAUGACGAUGUUGAAUACGAUGAUGAUGACGACGACGACAAUGAUAAGAACAAUGACGAUGAUGGGGAUGAUGAUGAAGAUGAUGAUAUCGAUGAUCAAGACCACGACGACUACCAUGAUGAUGAUGAUGACGACGACGAUGAUGAUAAUGAUAACAAUGAUGAUGAUGAUGAUGAUGAUGAUGAUGAUGACGAUGAUGAUGACGAUAAUAAUGAUUACGACGACUAGAGCGAGGGAGAGAUGUUUUUUAUACUUAUUUUUUGCAAGAAAACGGUGGCGAAAUAAAGCUUUUUUAUGUAUUUUUACAUAAAAAU